AUGGAGACAUCAGUGUCCUGCAAGUCUUCCUCUGACCAAAGCAGCAACCAAACACAUUUCCAUGUGUGCAGUCCAGUGCCACCUUCUCAACUAACGGCGCCCAUACAACGUCAGCGGGCUUCUCUGUCUCUGUUUCUGCUGAACAACGCACUAGUGAGGUCCAACAACACCAUUACUGGCAGUGACAGUCCUUCAUCAUUCAGUGGGUCGCUCGUCCACUCAGUGGUGGCUGGUCUGCUCAUAGUCACAGAAACCCAGAAGUUUGGGACGUCUCUAUUAAAUGGAGAGGCUCCACCUGCCCGACCAGAGGAGUUUGGGACGUCUCUCUCCAAAAGAGGGGCUCUACCUGUCCCACCAGAGGAGUUUCAGUCCUUUCUCUCCACUGAAGGGUCUCCACCUGUCCCACCAGAGGAGUUUGGGACGCCUCUCUUCACCGGAGGGGCCUCAACUGCCCCACCAGAGGAGUUUGAGACGGCUCUCUCCACCGGAGGGGCUCCACCUGCCCCACCAGAGAAGUUUGAGACGCCUCUCACCACCGGAGGGGCUCCACCUGUCCCACCAGAGGAGUUUGAGACGCCUCUCUCCACCGGAGGGAGGAGUUUAGGACGCCUCUCACCACUGGAGGAGCCCCACCUGCCCCACCUUAGGAGCUUGGGACGCCUGUCUCCAGUUAAGGGGCUUCACCUGCCCUACCAGAGGAAGGAGUCUGACGCGUCUUUCUCCACUGGAGGGGCUCUACCUUCCACACCAGAGGAGUUUGGGACGUCUCUCACCACUGGAGGGGCACCACCAGCCUCACCAGAGGAAUUUGGGACGGCUCUCUCCACUGGAAGGGCUCCACCUGCCCCACCAGAGGAGUUUGAGUCCUCUCCACUGGAGGAGCUCCACCUGCCCCACCAGAGGAGGAUUGUUCCCUUCACUCUUUUGAGAUCUCCACCUGCGAGGACCCUGCACCAGUGUCGCACUGCUUCAUUCGUGGGAGCAGAGCAUGGGAAGUACUUCCACCUUGCGCUUCCCGGUCUGUAG